CUCGCUCUCGUCCCGCAGGCCCUCCCCUACUCCCUGCUGGCCCUGGCCGUGGCCAUGUACCUGCCAGUUCUGCUGUGGCAGUACGCAGCCGCGCCGGCCCUCAGCUCGGACCUGCUGUUCAUCAUCAGCGAACUGGACAAAUCCUAUAACCGCUCCAUCCGCCUGGUGCAGCACAUGGUGAAGAUCCGGCACAAGAGCUCGGACCCCCAUGUUUUCUGGGACGAGCUGGACAAGGCCCGCACAGAACGAUACUUCGAGUUCCCCUUGCUGGAGCGGUACCUGGCGUGUAAGCAGCGCUCACAUUCACUAGUGGCUACCUACCUCCUGAGGAACUCCCUCUGGCUCCUCUUCACCUCAGCCACUUACCUGUACCUGGGCCACUUCCACCUGGAUGUCUUCUUCCAAAAGGAGUUCAGUUGUUCUGUCAAGACAGAGCUGCUAAGCAAUGAGACCGACAUCCCCAACCUCAUCACCUGCCGACUGACCUCCCUGUCUGUUUUCCAAAUUGUUAGUCUCUCCAUUAUAGCAACAUACACCCUCCUGGUGCCUGUGAUCAUCUACAACCUCACACGGCUAUGUCGGUGGGACAAACGACUCCUGUCCAUCUACGAGAUGCUCCCAGCAUUUGACCUCCUCAGCAGGAAGAUGCUGGGGUGCCCCAUCAAUGACCUCAACGUGAUCCUUCUUUUCCUCCGAGCCAACAUCUCUGAGCUCAUCUCUUUUAGCUGGUUGAGUGUCUUGUGUGUGUUGAAGGACACGACCACCCAGAAGCACAACAUUGACACGGUGGUCGAUUUCAUGACUUUAUUAGCUGGCUUAGAACCCUCAAAACCUAAACAUCUCACUCGCCAGGUGAGCGAUGAAAACCCAUAGUGAAGAAACCACAGAGCAAGAAAUUUUAUGGGUAAAAGUCUUUCUCCUUCCUCACAAGCCUCACACACUAUCAUAAAAAAAAUAUAUCUGCUCUAGAAUUGCUAAGCUCGGAUUCCACUGAAUUAUAUAUCCUGUAGCGUGUUACCCUAAAGGUGAGAAGAUAUAAUCAACACAUGGAAACAAAUCUGAAAAUUAGAGCUGAAGAGUCAGAGAACUAAAAAAUGAGAUUUAGAGCAUAAUAUAAGGGGGGGAAAGCUACAACUAAAAUUAAAGUAUAGACAUUCUAUAAGGAGAGAAGGUUCUAGAGCAGUGGUUCUCAACCUUCUGGCCCUUUAAAUACAGUUACUCAUGUUGUGACUCAACCAUAAAA